CGCCGCCGCCGCCGCUGCUGACCCGGGGCCGCGCCGGGGCCGGGGCGCCAGCCAUGGGGAACACCGCCUCGUGCUGCGUGUCGUCCAGCCCCAAGCUCCGCAGGAAUGCCCACUCGCGGCUGGAGUCCUGCCGGCCCGACGCCGACCUGAGCCGCGAGGACACGGGCUGCAACCUGCAGCACAUCAGCGACCGGGAGAACAUCGACGAUUUGAACAUGGAAUUCAAUCCCUCAGACCAUCCUCGGGCCAGCACGAUAUUCCUCAGUAAAUCUCAAACAGACGUGAGAGAAAAGCGCAAGAGUCUCUUCAUUAACCAUCAUCCUCCAGGACAAAUAGCGAGGAAAUACAGCUCCUGCUCGACUAUUUUCCUAGAUGAUAGCACAGUCAGUCAACCAAACCUCAAGUAUACAAUUAAAUGUGUAGCUCUCGCAAUAUAUUACCACAUCAAAAACAGGGACCCAGAUGGAAGGAUGCUCUUGGAUAUUUUCGAUGAAAACCUUCACCCUCUUUCGAAAUCUGAAGUGCCACCAGAUUAUGACAAACACAACCCAGAGCAGAAGCAGAUUUACCGGUUUGUUCGGACACUGUUCAGUGCUGCUCAGCUGACUGCAGAAUGUGCCAUCGUCACCCUGGUGUACCUCGAACGGCUUCUCACAUACGCAGAGAUUGACAUCUGUCCAGCCAACUGGAAGCGGAUUGUUCUGGGGGCCAUCCUGCUGGCCUCCAAGGUGUGGGACGACCAGGCGGUGUGGAACGUGGACUACUGCCAGAUCCUGAAGGACAUCACGGUGGAGGAUAUGAACGAGCUAGAGCGACAGUUCCUUGAAUUGCUCCAGUUCAACAUCAACGUUCCUUCCAGUGUUUAUGCCAAGUAUUAUUUUGAUCUUCGUUCUCUGGCGGAAGCCAACAACCUGAGCUUCCCCUUGGAGCCCCUGAGCAGGGAGAGGGCCCACAAGCUGGAGGCCAUCUCCCGCCUCUGCGAGGACAAGUACAAGGACCUGAGAAGACCCACGAGGAAGCGGUCAGCAAGUGCUGACAAUCUGACUCUGCCCCGGUGGUCCCCGGCCAUCAUCUCCUAACUGUGGGCGUCCCUGCCGGAGGCCGUGCCAUCCCUCAGUUUCUCCUUUAGUUCGAGAAAAGACAGACGUGGGGUGGUUUUGUUUUUGUUUCCCCUCUCCUUUUCUUUUUAAUUCAUAGCUCUGCCAGGCUGCCUUGAUGAGCGCCUCCAGGCUGCGCGCACGCGCAGCAGGGCUCCGAGGACACGGAGUCGGUGCCAUGGGAUCCCGUCCACGCCUUCCCAGCCCCGGGUCAGCGCUUCCUUCGUGGAGGAAAAAGACUCUAACCCUGGAGGAGGCAGGGAAGGGACGGGAAGUCACAUAGAGGCAGGGAGAGCGGCUUGGCCUGCUCCCUAUGUCCCCGUCGGUCAGUAGCCGAACCACCCUGAUAGGAGAGCCCGGCCUAGGUGACAAAGUUGGAUGCGCAUUAAAGGCGCGCGCCGCGUUCACCACCCCACCCGGAUCAGUAUGUCCCGUUAAGACUUCUUGCAUUCCUUCUUGCUGCUUCUCGGGGAUCUGGGGGGGAUUUUUGUUUGUUUUAUUCUGUUUUGGUUUUGGUCCCACAGAGCAGAGAAUAUAGUUUGUACCCACCAUGGCACAGACAUCCAAAUAAAUAGCACUGGCUGUUUCUCUGCACCA